GUCUCAAACCAGAAUCACAUGCAAACAGAGUGAACUUAAUUGAAGUAUUUACUUCCAAGUUAUCUAUCUAUCUCUUGCCUAAAAAUUAGAAGAAAAUGGGAAAGCAUUGUUCUAAUUCUAAUGAUUCCAGCACAGUCACAAUCCUCUCAAAAUGCACAGUUAUCCCUCACCAAAAAUCAACCCUUGAUAACCUCAAACUCUCAAUCUCAGACCUCAACAUGCUCUGUUGCCAUUACAUCCAAAAAGGCUGUCUCUUCACAGCACCAUCUCCCCCCUCUGAAAAACUCAUUCCCCAUCUCAUAAAUUCCCUCUCUAAAACCCUCUCAAUCUUCCCCCCUCUCGCCGGCCGUUUCGUAACCGACUCCAACGGUUACAUCUACAUAACAUGCAACGACGCCGGUGUCGAUUUCAUCCAUGCAACUGCAACUCAAUUCACCAUCACCGACCUUUUAUCACCACCUGAUGUUCAUCAAGCAUUCAAAGAAUUUUUCCCUUUCCACCGAAAAAUCAACCACACUGCUCAUUUCUCGCCGAUUUUGGCUGUUCAGGUAACUUCCCUCGCCGAUGGAAUUUUCAUCGGCGUCGCCGUCAGCCACGCUGUCACCGAUGGUUCCACACUCUGGAAUUUCUUCAAUACGUUCGCUGAUGUUUCCAGAGGAGUCACAGAUUUCCUUCGGCUCCCGGAUUUCCGCCGGGAAUCAAUUCUGAUGUCCAAAAUCGCUGUCCAGUUACCGGAAGGUGAAAUCAAGGUAUCGUUCGACGCCGAUGCGCCGUUACGGGAGAGAAUUUUCAGCUUCACUCGAGAAUCAAUUCAGAAACUUAAAGACACAGUGAACUACCACCGUGUUUCGCGGAGGGAAGAUUGCGUGAUUGAGAUGAUAUCGAAGUUCAGAAACGAUGCAACGGUUACGUUUCCGGUAACCGUCGAAACGACAGAGAUUUCGUCGUUUCAGUCACUCUGCGCGCUGAUGUGGCGAUGCGUGACACGUGCUAGGAAACUUGAGGGUUCUAAAACGACAACGUUUAGAAUGGCUGUGAAUAUUCGUAGCCGUUUGGAGCCAAAAUUACCACAGUAUUAUUUUGGGAACGCGAUUCAAAGCAUUGCCACGUAUGCAUCAGCGCGUGACGUGGUUGAUAACGAUCUUACGUGGUGUGCGGAGCAGCUGAAUAAGAGUGUGAAAGAGUAUGAUAAUGCUACGGUGAGGCGUGUAGCAGGGAAUUGGGACCUUGAGCCGAAGUGUUUUCCGAUGGGGAAUCAUGAUGGUGGGACAUUGCAGAUGGGUAGUUCGCAUAGGUUUCCGAUGUAUGAGAAUGAUUUUGGAUGGGGGAAACCGUUGGCGGUGAGGAGCGGUGGAGCUAAUAAGUUUGAUGGGAAGAUGUCGGCCUUUCCGGGGAGGAAAGGUGGUGGAGCUGUUGAUUUGGAGGUGGUUUUGUCGCCUGAAACGAUGGCGCAUCUUGAGUCUGAUUCCGAGUUUAUGCUUUACACUUGUUAGCAGUGACAUCUAUCUUAAUUUUGAAAGUGUAUGAUUGUCCCCUGCUUUGUCGACUUGUUUUUUUUUUUUUAUUAAUAGAGAAC